AUGCGGCGAGAGCAGCCUCCUCCUCCUCCUCCUCCUCUCCUCCUCCUCCCGGAAGGCACCUGGAAUUUAAGACAGGAAUUUGAAGUACGAAGGAAACAGAAGUACGAAGAAGAAGAAGAAGAAGAAGAAGAAGAAGAAGAAGAAGAAGAAGAAGAAGAAGAAUUCAUCUCGGGGAGAACUCGUUUUCACAGAGGAGUGAAGCAGGAAGAUGCUGCUGUCAAGAAAAAGCUAUGCAGAACUGGUGGUGGUUCUCCACCAGAUCUUCGAAACCACUCAGAAGAGUUUGUGAUAGCUGCAUCGCUGAUGACAGAAGAAUUGGUCAUGGAUAAAGACGUUUUUGAAACAUUUCAUCCAGUUGAUGAAACAGGAGAGCCCAUACAUGAUGUUAAAAUAAGCAGAACUUCACCAAAAUUGCGCAACACGUCACGGGACGUAUCUCCAAUACCUCGGUCUUCUACACCCACAGAAGGAAGCACAUUCUUCACCCAAAAAUUGAAGUUAGACGAUGCAUACAUCAAGUGUAGGGAAAGACAAGAGGAACUGCAUCAUCUCAGAAUGGAAAAUGAAAAGGAGCAACAUAUAAUGGCCAAAAAAGAGCAUGAACAAAAGAACACCUCGACGGUAUCACCAGCUCCUGGUGGAUUUCAUCUUCAUUUCAGUCAUUCAGGGAACGAAGCCCUGAAAGACCUGACGUUGGUGCUGCGGUCUCCGGGCUUCUUAAGUCAGCGGGAGGCUGUUCCACAGCCCAAAGGUGUGAGGAAUAAAAGAUCUCUGGAACUGAGGAGUUCGACAGCGAGGAGGCGCUUUUACUGCAAGUUGGUGCUGCUGCUGUUCAGAGAAUCUGGUGGCUAUCGGAAGGAGAAGAGGAUCAGGGAUCAACAGUGA